AUAAUAUCAAUUUUUCGCAUCAUCUCGUUUUCCUUUGUAUAUAAUCUUUCUUUUUAUAAUAUCAUCAUUGCAUCCCCGUUUCUAAUCCACUUUUGCCCAUGGACGACCCCGAGAAAGGCUUUUCGCCCACAUCGACGCCCACUACCACAGCUCCACCAACUCGCCUUUCGUCCCCCUUCCUGCAACAUGUCUCUUUCGCCCACAUCCCCAAUCUCCAUACGCAGCCUCAGCACUCUUCAUCUCUACUCCAUAUAGGUCUCCGGAGACGCAGAUUAAUAUCCCAAAUCAUUAUUGCUCUAGGAAUAUUGAGCGUUGUUGGGUGGGUGGUACUGGGAGAAUAUGAGAUGCGAGACGUCAUAACUGUCAUUAGUCCGGAAGGAAAAGGACAACAACGUCCUCACGACGCACCCAUACCUGGUGUCGUACUAGGUACCAACGGAAAACCUAUGCCGCUCCCCGACAUCGAGCCGACGGAACCUACGGACGUCCAGGAAAGCUCGCAAUAUCUGCCCACCCCGCAAGAAGGAGACAAAGGCGAUGAAGGAGGUCUUAGUUUCGCAGAAAAAAUGGCAAAGCUCGCCCAUAUAUCACCGCAAAAAUGGGGCCUCGAUCUUUCCUCAUCAAGAUUAUUAAACGGUCUUGAACUCUGGCCGUCCAAUCCACCGAUCAACGAGUCCGCUGAAGCGCUCUCUGUACUGGGACACUUUGCGGAUGACGUCUACAAUUAUGGACCGGACACGAUUGGAGAGUAUAGAAAACAUUUGCGGGCGUUUAUCAACGUUGGGUGGCCGAAAGAGUUGAAGGGGGUUUUGACAAAGGGUUUGGACAGGUUUACGAGAAGUGACGAAGGGCCGGUAGAAGGAGAAGAGGGAUAUUGGGAUUGGGAUAGGGAAAAAUAUGUGUGGCAGACGGACAAGGAUUUGAGACACGCGGAGAGUCAAGAAGUUGGGAGCUGGAAGGAUUGGAGGAUGGAUUAUGAAGGCUGGAAAUGGGAUCUUUUGACUGAUGACGAUGCUAAUAAAUGGGUCAAGAAAAAUCUGGCAGGAACCAAAAUUCAAGAAGUAUGGGAUAGCCUUCCUCACGGUAUCUUACGUGCCGAUACAUUGCGUUAUCUGCUUGUUCUCCUCCGAGGAGGAAUUUACUCUGACACGGACACUGUCCUUCUCAAGUCGCCAUCACAUUGGGGUCAUGGUGCUCGACUGUGGAAUGAGGGUGAGGGAUGGUUGGAUGAGGAUCAGAAGAAGAGGUUGGAAGAGGGAGCUCAGAUUGACGAGGUACUUGGGAAGCCGAGUGUGAUUGUUGGUCUAGAAGCGGAUGUUGGGGAUAGAGAAGACUGGCAUGACUGGUGGCCUCGACCUAUACAAAUGGUUCAAUGGACAAUGGCUUCAACUCCCUCCCAUCCAAUCGCGCUGAGCGCCGUCCUUCGCAUCCUCCAUUCUACCGCCACUGCCAUUUCCUGGGCACACGAAAACGCACGUGUUGUCAAUAUCCUCAAAGACCAAGGCCGCUACAAGAACGCCCAAGAUCUUGCAUCCGUCUCUGUCCUAAAUGAACCCAAGAACGGAGGGCCGAUAGGUGUGAUGGCUUGGACAGGGCCUGGAGUGUGGACGGAUGCGGUCUUGAGUUAUCUUAGAGUCAAGUAUGGAAUAAAGUGGGUGGAUUUCAAAGGGAUACAAGAGCCUUUGCGAGUUGGGGAUGUUGUCAUCUUACCUGUAACUGGUUUCUCACCUGGAGUGGGCAACUUUGGCUCCCAGCAUCGAACCCACCGCGAAGCGAUGGUAGAACAUAAAUUUGCUGGUAGCUGGAAAAACGAAUAAAUGUGCUUGCUACAUAUAUCUUUUCUACUGUUGUAUUAUAUUGCAUGCAUACAUA